AUGGCUGCAGACUGGUUAGGUAGUCUGGUGUCGAUAAACUGCGGAGAAACUCUGGGGGUGUACCAAGGCGAGGUGUCGUCUGUGGACCAGUCCCAGCCAGACCAUCUCCCUCCAAGCAGCCCUUCUGAUGAGGUCAAGUGCCCUGUGCCCGAGGUCACUUUUAGUGCCGUGGACAUCAAGGAGCUGAAGGUCCUGGAUAUAGUGAGUGGUAGAGGUGGUGUGGUUCCGAAGAGCAGCGAUUCGGUCUCAGUCCCACACCCAGGACACCAUAAGACCCAGGACAGGCUGGCUUCACCGCAGCAGCAGUGCUCGAAAAGCUACGGCGAUAAACACCUGGAGGUGCCGGGCCAGCCCAAGGGUUUCCGACGGAGACACAACUCCUGGUCGUCCAGUAGUCGGGGCGCCAACCAGGUCACCCCGAAGAAGAGCGUUGUGAAGAACGGAGGAGGUGGUCAGAGGCAGCACAGGGACGAUGAGUGUUUCGGGGACAAUAUGGACGACGGGCUGGACACAGACUUUGACUUCGAGGGGAACCUGGCGCUGUUCGACAAAGCUGCCGUGUUCUCACAGAUCGCGGGUCGGAUCGCCGCGGUAACGGGGCCCGGUCGCGCGGUACGCCGCAAGAGCAGCAGCCGUCGCAAUACCGCCACGACAAGAACAUUCUAGAGACCAAACCUGUGGUUUACAGGCAGAUAGUUGUCCCUCAGCCUGGGGCCAAAGAGUAUUGCACUGGUACGCAUCUUCUCUCUCCUGCACCUGGCACCUACUACCAUACCCCGUUCAAAGCCACUUCAGUAUUUUAGCUUUCCC